CCAGGAGCUGAGGUUGUCUCUGUCUCCUCCCUGUGGCUGGCAGGUGCUACGACAAGCGUCUGUGGCCUCGAAUGGACCUGAGCCGGCGGAAGUCACUGACACCACCCAUGCUCAGUGGGGUGGUUCGCCGCCAGCCCCGUGCCCUGGACCUCAGCUGGACAGGUGUCUCCAAGAAGCAGCUCAUGUGGCUUCUGAACCGACUGCAAGGCCUGCAGGAGUUGGUGCUCUCCGGCUGCUCCUGGCUCUCUGUCUCUGCCCUGGGCUCAGCCCCACUGCCAGCCCUGCGGCUCCUGGACCUGCGCUGGAUUGAGGAUGUUAAGGACUCCCAGCUCCGAGAGCUGCUGUUGCCUCCACCAGACACCAAACCAGGUGGGGCCUCUGUGCUCAUCUGUGGAACAAGUUGGAAAGAUGGGGUAAAGUCCUUUGAGGCCUCUCAUGACUCGUGCUGGAUGUCGAAGGAUUGGAAGAAGGGAAGAGCACAUGAGUUGAAUAGGGAGGCCCUUCCUGGUACUGUUUGUUCAUUCAUUCAUGUGGUGUGCGCUUUGAACUGAGUCUUGAAAGGAUGGUGUUUUCCCAGGGAGUAUGAGGCAUGGUAUGAGCAGAUUGGUGGGGCAGGCGGCCUGUGUUGGCAGAAGAGGGUGCUGGGAGCAGAGGCCUGAGGAGCUUGGGGCUCAUCCGGAGGCGGAGGGAUGGGCAUUGAGGCCACACGAAGCCAGGAGAUGGGAUACCAGCUACAGUCCUCUCUAGCUCUCAGUCUUUUCAUCAUCCAGGAGGGCAUCCCUGCCCAUGUCCACCCUAGUGCUCUAAACUGCCAUUGUCCCUAGUACUCCUUGGAUAAAGACCAGUAUUUUUUUUUAAAUAAAUUUUAUCCCAUUCCCCCCUCAGGCCCCCUCCCCUCCCUAUGCACAGAAGCUUUGUUUCCAUUUUUUCCUUCUAUUUUCACUUUUUUCCUUGUCCCUUCCUUCCUGUCCCCCUCCCUCCUCCUUGUUCCCCUUCCCAUUUGGACACUUUCUUCCCAUUGCCCAAC